GAGGGGAGAAGAUACCUCAUUCAAAAGAAACCUUUCGAGGGAUUAGGGGAUUUGAGGCUUGUAGAAUCGAAAUCCAUAAUUCACCGUCAUGUACUGGUCUUUCUUCUCAUGCACAAACGGUCAAGAACUGCAGACGAAGAGUAAAUCAUUCUAUUGUUUCCGUUUUGGGUAAAGCAAUCCCUCAAUCCCUCAAUCUGACCCCAUUCACACGAUUGAAGUUCCAUCAUCUUUCGAGUCGAUGAGGGCUGAGGUGAAUUCUUCAACAAACCACGCUAGUCUUAGCUCCAUUUGAGUUCUCGAAGGACCUUCCUAGACCUUACUUAAGUCUUCGACCUCCCCCUUGAUCAACUCUCUCUUUCUUUCCUUCUACACCUUCUUCUUAUUCUUCAAUUUUUACAAUUCGUUUCUUCCUUCAUAGAUCUCUUCUAUUUUCUUACUUCAAGGUAUCACUUAGAUACCGUUUACUUCCUUCCUUCAUUAUUGUUAUUAUUACAACUCCCACCUUUUACACUCUGGUUACCUAUCAACAGAUUUCUUUUGACACGUUCAGUAUGCUUUCUUUAAAAGCUCGUCGGCAGCGAGACAAUACCAGUCUGUCUGAUAGCUUGAAAUCAUCAUCAUCGAUAUUGGACAAUUUACGUCCUUCCAGUUCGGGAUCAGAAACAUUGAUGUCUUCUAUUUCCGACACCAAAGAAGAGAAUCUUGACUUCUUUAUGAACCAAGAUUAUCCUCCACAGAAUGAAGAUGGUAGUUGUUCUGAAUUCAAUCUACCGACUGGCCCACUUAAUAUACCCUCACCUCCUUCUACUACCCUUGAAACAUCUUCUCCACCACCACCACGAAGAAGUACUCGAUCCACUCAAAAUGUGCAACCAAAGUUGGACCGGUUCUUUACAAGAAAUGAAAAGCCAAUGGUACCCACCAAGCGAAAGACUAUGGCUCGCAAUGUGGUGGACCUUCUCAUGGAUACCGUUCAAGAGUCAUUGGAGCCUCCUCGCAAAAAGGUGAUGACCACACCCCCUCGUCAGCCUUCCCGAGCAACCCUCCCAAAACCACGAAAAGCUGCAGCCAAGGUCAAGGAGCUACCUUCCUUAGAAAAUGCAACUUUGAGCAAGCCAGAGGCUUGGGGUGAGCCACCAGUCUGGGCUGAGAAGCGACAACAGCUUUGUUCUUCACUUCCCUACCACAAAGGAUAUGAAUCUGCUGCAUAUCGCACUAAUGGCAUGAUUGCUGGCUUCUUGGCAAACCAAGGAGUUGGCCCUCGCGAUGUCUUCACAGAGGAUAUCUAUAUCACUUCCGUUGGUGGCGGCAAGUCAAAGGGUGAAGAUGGUGAAACCAAGCGAGUUAAAGAUCAAGACUUUAGCUCAAUUGCCAUCUCUUUCCAACGCACCAUGGAAGCUAAGCUACCAAUUGCAAUGAUUGCUGGUCAGCGUAAUACCAUCUGCCCUGUCAAACUCAAUCACCACUUCAAUGUCCUUGACUUCUUCCACAUCACAGAUAUCUGGUGUGAACUUGAGAGUGGUCUCAAGAUGUGGAAAGUCAGAAUGGAGAAGAUUGAUCUCACAAAGCGGUCUUGGUGGUCUCCGAUUGACUCUGUCGCUCAUCUUUCUCAGGGAUAUGAUGGUAUAAAGACGGAUGUCCGAACUUGUGGUGCUUGCAAUACUUCAUGCAAGACCAUCUACACACAAGGCUGGACUUGUCGAAGCCCUCAUUGCGAAUCCUUCUACGUUUUUGAUCAUCAAGUUGAUGUCAAUGAUCUCCAAUAUUGUGCGGAGUUCCUUCAAGAGCGUACUCCUUACACCGGCGCUGCACCACCUCCUUUGAGACCCGAGCCUGUCACUGAUGCAGACUUGGUUGGUGAAGAUAUCUUUGGUGUUGAAGAAAGAUGCAAGCAAGGCAUUGUUUGUCCAAAGUGCCACGGAUGCAUUCGUCGUUUGGAAUGGCAAAGAUGGACUUGUGAAAAUCCGGGUUGUGAUUUUACUCACACUGUAACACAAAUUCCAGUUCCCAUCACUAAGGCCAUCGAAGGUAAUAACAUCAUUGCCGAUCAGAGCCCAAUAUUGUUUGCUCACGAAACAAUUCGUGUCAGCCACAAGCCCAUUGGUCAUUAUGAUGUCUAUGAGCUUCAACUUCCUGGCGAGACAACAGAAGCUGGAUGGAUUCAGAUUUUCCGCUCUAAUGGCCUUAUCAAUAGCCAACCCGGUGGACCAAAUGACUUGUUUCAGGGAAUGCAGAAGGAUGAUUACAAGCUCCGCAGAGGUCCUGCUAGACAUCCUGGUCUUCCAAUGGAGAUUGUUACUGCACACUUCGCAUCCAACUUUGGUGCACCAUACAAAUUUUUGGUUGCACAUGAAGCCAAUUCUUUCGAAGAUGCUCCAGUACCUAUCCUCCAGGCAAUGCAAAGAAUGACUUGGGCUGGACAGCAAGCAUUUUCUGGAAAGGAAGACGCGAAGUUUACUCCUUUCAACGAAGUUCUGGCCCUUGGAUACUUUGAGAGUAUGCACAUCGGUUAUCACGACGAUGGAGAAGAUACUCUUGGUGAAACAGUGGCAACUUUAUCUUUGGGAGCUUCCUCAACCAUGUGCUUCCGUCCAAAAAACAAGAGCACGAUUGGUGGUAUUCUAAAGCCCGGUAAGGGCAAUGUUGGUUCCAAAGCAGCCAAGAAAGAUUAUGUCAAGGUUACUCUGAACCAUGGCGACAUCAUUGUCAUGCAUGGAUCUGGUAUUCAUAAGCAUUAUGAACACGCCGUCACACCUCAUGGACUCUUACGAUUUGCUCUGACUUGUCGUCACGUCAAGCCUGAGCUGCUCAGCCCGGAGGAUCGCAUCAUUUGUGCGGAAAAGAGUGCUCUUCCUGCCAACUUUGCCGAUUAUGCUUAUAAUGGCGAUAUUGGCGCAAUUGAAGAUCCGAGUCGACCAACCAAUCAGGGAGACGACGAUGAUUUCACAAAGUUGAAAAAGCGCAUCGUCGCCAAGAAGUUGUCUGGUGAACUCACCGAAGCCGACUGUCAAGAAUUGCGAGAUAUCAUUCUUGACCUUUAAAACACAUUGCUUCACCUUGCUUUUCUUUUGUUUACAACUUAUCUAUCUACAAACAUCAUUGCGAUGUUUGCUCAAUGAGUUAUGGUUUCAUGAAAUGACGACAUUAUGAUACCACAAAGAAGGAUACAAUUACUGGGAGGGAUAUUUACAUAUUAAUAUAUUUAUUUGCGGAGCUUUUAUGAACUCAUUUUAUUUGAGAUCUUUUUUACGAGCUCUGGCUGCGCAACAAUGGGAGAAUCAAUGGGGUAUUCAGGUACAUUAUCAAUAUAUUAGGAGGAUGGGCAUGUAAUUAGCUUUUAAUCACACGUGGAAAGAAUAGUAUUUCA